GGGGAGGAAAAGGAAAGCAGUGCAUGCAUUCUUCCGGAGACUCCGUAAGGCUGUAAAGCACCUCUUCCUCUGCCGUGACUCGACUCAAACACCUGUCGAAGUCCCAUCUGAGAUGAAGUCAGUGGAUGACGACAUCCCUGUGGAGCCGGAGCCGGAGCCGGUCUGUCUGAGCAGGUCUGAGCAGGUCUGUGCAGCUCUCCAGUCCUCCACGUCUGUGCAAGCAGCCGACGCAGAUCAAGCCGCUCCAGUGUUGAUGCGUGUCUCAGAUUCAUCCGAUUCAGAGAUCAGUCUGGAUUGUGGAUCUAGAGUGUGUCUCUUUCUGGUGGGAGAGCUUCUAGGAUACGGGAGUUUUGGCAAGGUGUAUGAGGGAACCCACAUAUUUGAUGAUAGAAUUAAGGUCGCCAUGAAGUACAUCCACAAGCACAAAAAUGACCGCUGUCUUCACGUUGCUGGUCAUUCCAAACCUGUCAUUGCAGAAUUGGCAAUGUUGCUUAGGUUGCGAGAACCUCCAUUAUGCCCCAACAUCAUCAAACUACACCACUGGAUUGAGAAGAAGAGGAGCUUCGUGCUCAUUAUGGAGUACCCGAAACCAUGCAGUACCUUGCAUCAGUACAUCACGUGUUCAGACGACAUGAAUGAAGGAAAAGCUCGCUGGUUAAUCAGUCAGUUAGUCCAAGCUGUGAAACACUGCGUUGACCGUGGAGUCUUCCAUGGUGAUAUCCACACGGGGAACAUCCUGGUGACUAACCCCAGUUUGGAGCUCAAACUAAUUGACUUCGGUUGUGCUUAUCCAAUCAGCAGUGAGGGCCUUCUCAGCAGUGAAUACCGAGGAGCACCACUCUUCACCCCACCGGAGGUCAUAAGGCACAGCAAAUACCACGCUGACCCAGCGUAUGUCUGGGCAAUAGGUGUUGUGCUGUUUGAAAUCUUGCACGGGUUUUUGCCAUUUGGAAGCCAAGACGAAAUACUGCGUGACUAUGUUAAAGCAAAACCCACUUUAUCCUCAGCAUGCCAUGACCUGAUUUUCCAGUGUUUGAUCCGCAAUCCAGCGAACAGACUGACGCUAGAGCAUCUAGAAGAGCACAGGUGGUUUAAGAGCUAGAUUGGCAGAAGACAGCGGAUCCCAUGCUUCAGUUAGAUGAGAAAAGGUGGUGAAACACUCUC